AUGGCGGACGCUGCUUCAUCCGUCGAAGCCAUGGCUCCCUCCUGCCCGCUGCCAGAUCCCACCCCCACCACCACCGCCAACAUAGACAAUACCGCCUCCAUGACCCCUCCAUCUAGCGCAGACGGAGACAAAGUCGGGGAGAAGACCUCCCCAGGGCCCUCGAUCGCUGCCUUUGCUACCACCGCAUCUACUCCUCUUCUUCCUCUUCAUCCUCAGCAACUCAAACUAUCCGACAUGGAUCUCGAUUCCAUGCGAAUACCAAACACUGCACUGACUCGACUACGCUGCAGAUGA